AUGAAACAAGGAAUCGCAGUAGUGACAUGUUGUACUAUUCAUCUUAUUCUUGGUGGGUAUUUUCUGUUGAUUGCAGUCCGUGGUGGGCCGCCUCAAGUGAUUGGAUUUGCAGCAACAGCAGCAGUUUUAUAUGUUCAGUUGAUGAUUGGAGAUGCAGUGAUUCUUCCUGAUGGAGGAGUUAAGGUGUCUUUGAUAGUUCUUGGGAUGCUUUCACUUGUUAUUGGUAUUGUUUUCUGGAUAUGGUUGUUUUUUUCGGGGAAUGGGACAGCGGCGGUUGAUGCAGCAUGUGCAUUUUCUGCAGGACAGAUAUGCGAGCCGCGCUGGUCGCAAGGACAUGCAGUUUUCAUGGGUUUAUUGCUGUGGGCUCUUAGUGCAAUUGGGCAGAUUUUCUUAUAUUCGUAUUUUUUAUAUAAUCGCCCACCGAAAAGGAAAGGUGGGAAUUUGCAGAGGUCGAAGCCACAUGACGUUUUGGAUUUUAGUUCAAUGUCUUAUGCAAGCCAUGGGACGCCAAGUCUUACAUGUACAUCUACGCUGUCUGCAGAGAAUGACAAAGUGAUGUAUCCGGCGAUGACUGCUAUAUCACCUAUUUAUUCGAGGCAAUUUUAUGAUAAGACAUGGAUGCAGGCAUCUUGUCAAAGGUCUUUAAAUCAUGGCUUGGACGUUAGGUCAACUGUUCAAUUUACUAAAUGUUUUCCAGUACAAACAGGUGUUGGUCCUUCUUGUGCUUCUCGAAAACUUCGUUCUGUACGUAGCUGGAAACAAUUUGGCCAGCGUUCUUCACCUUUGUAUACGACUUGGUAUGCACCUCUUUGUUCGAAUGGAUAUCCACGUUUUCCCAAAAAACCACGGUCGUUUUUAAAUAUGAAAACGCCUUUAAUUAAUUUACAUUUUUCAAAAAAUAAAGAGAUUGUUGAUGAAGGACCUGAUUGGAAUACAUGGGAUUUCUCGAAUUUGACUCUUCCUAUAUAUCCAAAUGCCUUUUCACAAGACGGUCUUAAUUUAGAUGAUGCGGUAUGUAAUAAUAAGGAUGAAACAUGGUCAAUGGCAGAUACGCCUGAUGCGAGUUUUGAUAGUCAAAUGUCACAGAGUAGUUGUUUUAGAAAAUUUUUUGAGCAAGAUUUGAAUAAAGUAGAACUCAAAAACGGUUGCACAGGAUAUUCUUGUAUGGGUGACGUGAUUAAUGCUUAUAAAUAA